CGGUGACAAUGGGGAAGAUGUCACCCAUCUGAGGUUUUUCCACUUGUAUUCAAUCGCAUUUCCCGGCAUUUCCCCAUGAUUGAGUGGACUUUCUCCCUCGCCACGGGCAUUAUAGUGUUGACAGUGAGCAUUUGGUACUUGGUCAGAUACCUCCUGAUCCACGAUGUUGUGUACAUCCAAGGAAAACCGCGGCACAGUUGGAAGUCGUCAAAGUUGCUGGACAGAGGAUGCUACUGCUCAGUCUGUGAGAUUCUCCUCGUGUCCACGGGCCGCUUCUGUGACCACUGUGGCGUUUGCUCCCAUCCGGAGUGCAUAAAGAAAGCCGAAAGACAGUUCAAGUGCAAGGAAAAGCAUUCCAAGGAAGAUCGUCUGGCCAAGCACAAGUGGACAAGAGGGAAUCUGCCCCUGAAUUGCACCUGCGAUGCCUGUGGCGAGGACAUGGAUGCCACCAAUGAGCCGGGAUUGCAUGGCUUCAGGUGUUGCUGGUGCCAAAAGUGCGCUCACACUGCUUGUUUCUCUCGGAUGAGUGAAGACUGUGAUUAUGGAGAAUUUCGCGAUUUUAUCAUCCCAUCGUCAUGUAUUGAUGCCGUGCGUCGGCGUGCUGGUGCCAAGUUGCUGCUGAGGGGCGUGAAAGCUGCGCCGUGGCCCACCUGGAAGCCCCUGAUUGUCGUGGCCAACGUGAAGUCCGGCAGUAGUCGCUCCGAUGACUUCCUAGCACUCUUCCGUGGCGUCCUCAAUUCCUUGCAAGUCACCGAGAUGUCGCGAUCAGGUCCGCAAGAUGCUCUGCAGUGGAUCGCAAGGAUAAGUCCACGUCCUUGUCGCAUCCUCGUGGCGGGCGGCGAUGGAACAAUCGGCUGGGUGAUGAACACUCUCUUCUCGAUGGCUGUGCAGCCCUACCCGGAGAUCUGCAUCCUCCCUCUGGGCACCGGCAAUGAUUUAUCGCGCAUCCUCAACUGGGGCGCCGAAGCCCCGGACAGUGUUGAUCCUGUGAAAUUCCUGCGCCAGAUAAGAGAUGCCGAAGUGAUGAAACUCGAUCGUUGGGUGCUGGAAAUAACCGGCACAUCGUCGAGAAUUCCUCUCAAGCGACCCGUAAAGCGGGACAUCUUCAUGUACAAUUACUUCAGUGUCGGCGUGGAUGCUCAAGUCGCCCUGAACUUCCAUCGCGCCCGCGAAAGUCAAUUCUACAUGCUGAGCAGUCGAUUGAUCAACAAAAUGCUCUAUCUCUGCUUCGGAACACACCAAGUGAUGAUCCCAGACUGCGUGGGACUCGACAAGGAGAUCGAACUGUGGCUGGACGAUGAGAAGGUCGAUCUGCCUGAGCUGCAGUCAGUUGUCUUUCUCAACAUUGACUCCUGGGGAGCCGGAGUGAAGCUAUGGGAAAUGAGCCGCGAGGAGAACGAUUCCACGCCCAGCAGCUUCUCCGACGGUGUCAUGGAAGUUCUGGGCAUUGUCUCCUCCUUCCACAUCGCGCAGCUCCAAGUUGGACUGAACAAACCCAUCAGACUCGGUCAAGCCAAGACGGCUCGGCUCAGAAUCCUGAAAACAUGCCCCGUGCAGGCCGACGGCGAGCCCUGGAAGCAGACGCCCUGCGAAAUCAACAUCCAGUGCACCGAACAAGCCACCGUUCUGCGAAGAAAGUGAACUUAUCCGCCUCUCGUACUUUUAAAAAUCUUUUCAACAUAAUGUGAUCUUCUUUUGGAAUCUCCGUUUUGUUUGCGAAUUUAUGUCUUAAAAUAUUUAUAUAGGUGUUGUCCAUAUAUAUUGUGUUUAGUAAUGGUAUUUUGGUGUUUUUCUUUCAUACCAUGCAUGACCACAAUUUGCCAAAUCUCCCUUCGUUUCUGUCUUUGCGUUUUCCCACACGUCAACUUUUCUUCACAGUGUAUUAACGAACAAAAUUUGUAAGAUGACAAAACUUUCUCCUCAGU